ACACGCAGGGAUUAAACAAAACGAAAAACAGUGGGAGUGACUUGGAAUUUGUUGUUUUCUUUUGUUUUCUAUUAGCUGUAGCUCAUAGCUUCUGAAUCCAAAUUUUAACUUGAGCAACUCCCGCCUUAGCUAUGUGAGAGUCAUAUUCGAUGGGUAUGAAAUUUCAAACGGGUUUCACCAUGUUGCCUGGGUACCACUAACCCGUUUUCCGUGUUCUUGCACUCGCUUUACAGCUUUUCAGGUCAGAUAGAAAACAUCAGUAUUUUUUCUACGCAUCCGUGCUGCACAGGUGGAACUAGGACUAGUCCGAAGUUCGAAUGCCAACCUCAGGUCAGGUCAUUCCUCGCUGGAGAUAAGCUACACUGCGGCUGUAAACAGGCGGAUGAUGAUGAUAGACUAAAAGGUGCUGUGAAAAAUACUUUUACUUCUGCACCCAGUCCUCUCUCUUCCAUAAUGGGGAGUCAGAGGAACGGCUUCAAUAAAGAGCGCUUCAUUCUGUCCGUGGACGUCGGUACCACAACCAUCCGCUGUCAUGUCUACGACAAAAACGCGACGAUCCGCGGAUCCUGCAGCACACAGGUGGUUCCCUUGUAUCCAGAGGUGGGUUAUGUCGAGUUGGAGCCUGAAGAACUCUGGAAAGGAUUUGUCAAUGUGGUCAAAGGAGCUGUUCAAGAUGCAGGAGUGCAAAUGUGCCAAAUGGAAUCCCUGGGUAUUUCUACGCAACGUGCUACCUUCACAACAUGGGAUAGGAAAACUGGAAUUCCCUUUCACAACUUCAUCACCUGGCAGGACCGAAGGGCCACUGACCUGGUUUUGUCUUGGAACAGAUCCUGCACCAUGACGGCGAUGCACGGCAUUAUGAAGCUGCUGUACUUCUUCACCAGGCAGAAAAGACUACUCGCAGCGAGUAUUAUUGUCUUCAGCACUCAGCAUGUAACGCUACGCCUCUUGUGGGCUCUGACACACUACAAGAAGGUUCGUCAGGCGGUCGAUGAAGGAAACUGCUGCUUCGGAACAAUAGACACCUGGCUUCUGUUCAGACUCACAAAAGGUCAAGUCCAUGCCACGGAUUAUUCUAAUGCCAGUGCAACAGGAAUGUUUGACACCUACCAGAUGUGUUGGAGUGGUUUUUUCGGUUAUAUCUUGUCUCUCCCGCUCUCUAUUUUACCAAAAGUAGAAAACACUUGCCACGACUUUGGCUCCACAGACCCGUCAAUCUUCGGAGUCCCCAUUCCUAUCUUUUCACUGAUGGCGGACCAGCAGGCGGCCAUGUUUGGAGAGUGCUGCUUUGAUGUGGGCGAUAUGAAGAUCACCAUGGGAACAGGCACUUUCAUGAACAUCAACACUGGAAGCAAACCACACACAUCUCUAGCAGGUCUGUAUCCCGUGGUGGGCUGGAAGAUCGGACCAGAGGUGGUCUACCUGGCCGAGGGCAACGCUGCGGACACCGGCACCGCUAUCAAGUGGGCACAGAAAUUAGAUCUCUUCAGGGACGUCCAGGAGACCAGCGCCAUGGCCUACAGCGUCACUGACUCUGAUGGAGUGUGUUUUGUACCGUCCUUCAGUGGCCUGCAGGCACCGCUCAACGAUCCUAAAGCCUGCGCUUCGUUCAUGGGCCUCAAACCCUCAAGCACCAAAUGCCACCUGGUCCGUGCCAUACUGGAGUCCAUCACCUUCAGGAACAAGCAGCUGUACGAGAUCAUGCUGAGAGAAACUCACAUCCCCUUUAAAAAGAUCAGGAUGGACGGAGGAGUUUCUUCCAAUGACUUUGUCAUGCAGUUGACUGCCGACCUGCUCGGCAAAAAGGUCUCCAGGGCGCAGCACCACGAGAUGUCCUGUUUGGGAGCCGCCUUCGUCGCUGGGCUUGGCGUCGGCUUCUGGAAGAGUAAAGAUGAGCUGAAGAAGAUGCAGAGAGACGACAUGGUCUUCGUGCCUCAAACAGCAUCCAAGGAUGGGAUUAACAACCGGAACAGAGAGUACAUCCCUGUCGUUCAGAGCUGGGAGAGGGCGCUGCAGCGGUCUAUGUACUGGUACAACAAGCCCUGACUCUGACAGGGCUGAGCCAAAGUAAACGGAGGGACCAAAAAGUAGUUCAUCUAAUUCGACACACAAACCGACCGACAGGGACUAGGAAAAUAGUAAGAAAAAGAGCAAAGGUCGAUUAAUCCACAGCCAAAACACUUGAAGGACUCGGACUGUUAAACUGGAACCUCUGAUCUGAACCAUUCCAUGACUUCUCAGGGGGAUUAUUUACCUCCACUCUCAGCCACAAGUGCCUUUUCAUUGUACCUCAAACAGUUCGGCUCGAUGUCCACAAGAGGGCACUAACAGGUAGUUUACACGAUAAGGGAAAGACACAGAAACACUACAUGAAUAUGGAAUAUUGGAACGGGAACACUUUUAACAACUAAUCCGAACUAACCUGUGUAGUGUGGCUCUCGGGACGUGUUAACGUUUGCUAACAACGUGGCUUUGAUAUGUACUGUACCCUCCUCAGGCUGACCAUAAAUGAACGCGCGGUCGAAAGAAACGCUCAUUAACAGACGAGCUUUGUUGUUUAUCUGUUCCCUUUGUUAAAGUAAACAGGGCUGGGCUAGGUAAGAACAGCUCGGCCUUCUGUUUAGCAGCAACCAAUGAGCCAAUAUAAACAAAAUGAGACAAAAAAGGCAUGAUUUGUUUCGUCCACUACGUUGUCGCACUAGGUGUUGACUCAGGACCUCGUGUUGACCUGAUGAACUGUGACGACGGCCGUCGACCGCCAGUACAAAUGUGAACAUUACAUUGAAUGUAUUUCUGAUGCGCACACCUGUGUUUUUCUCCUAACACCCGCUCUGUGUCAGUGUACGACGGGCUGAUGCCCCCUCAGAACAAAGUGACCUUUGACCCGUCAUUUCAUCAAGGGCAGAGGUCAGCCUGUGUCGCUGGAAUAAAUCAUUUAUGUACGUUGA